AUGCACUAUAAGUCAUCACUCGGUUCUUCAUUACAGAAAGUCGCCAUGGGUCGUGUGAUCCGCAACCAGAGGAAGGGUCGUGGAUCCAUUUUCACGGCCAACACCCGUCUCAACAAGGCCCCUGCCCAGUUCCGUACCCUCGACUACGCCGAGCGUCAUGGAUACACUCGUGGCGUUGUGAAGGAGAUCAUCCACGACCCCGGCCGUGGUGCUCCUCUCGCCAAGGUCCAGUUCCGUCACCCCUACAAGUUCAAGCAGAUCACGGAGACCUUCAUCGCCAACGAGGGCAUGUACACCGGCCAGUUCAUCUAUGCCGGAAAGAACGCUGCCCUGACCGUCGGCAACGUCCUCCCCCUCGCUUCCGUUCCUGAGGGUACCGUCGUUACCAACGUCGAGGAGAAGUCUGGCGACCGUGGUGCUCUGGGCCGUACCUCCGGAAACUACGUUACCGUCAUCGGCCACAACCCCGACGAGGGCAAGACCCGUGUCAAGCUUCCCAGUGGUGCCAAGAAGGUCAUCAAGAACACCUCCCGCGGUAUGGUCGGUAUCGUUGCCGGUGGUGGUCGUACCGACAAGCCUUUGCUGAAGGCUUCUCGUGCCAAGCACAAGUUCGCUGUCAAGCGCAACUCGUGGCCCAAGACUCGUGGUGUUGCCAUGAACCCCGUGGAUCACCCUCACGGUGGUGGUAACCACCAGCAUAUCGGUAAGGCCUCGACCAUCUCCCGCUACGCCGCCCAGGGUCAAAAAGCCGGUCUUAUUGCUGCCCGGAGAACUGGUCUGCUCCGCGGUACCCAGAAGACCAAGGACUAA